AGCCAGCUAUGGCAGAAUAGCAGCAAGCCGACGGAAGCACGGCCUACGAAUUAUCCUCACCGACUAAUCUGUCGUGAGAGUGGGAGAGAUAGAGAGUGAGCGAAGAACGCCUGCGCGUAAUCACAGCGGCUUCAGAGCUCGAUUUUAUGUAUAUAUUUUUCUCUCCACCGAUGGAUGAACAAUGGAGAAGCCGUCAGCAGAAAAUUCUGGUGACCCUCCUCUUUUCCCCUGCAGUAGAUCAUUGUUUUUGAUGCUGUUGUUGUGUAGGAGGGCAGGGACGGACCUGAUCUCGUUGGAUUUCUGCUAGAAAACACCGAGAGCACCAUCGCGCUGCGACUCAGUUUUUCAUCCUCUCAGCUUCAAGCAGCAGAUGUUCGCAGUGCUGUCAUCCCGGCGAAACCAUGGUGAAAUUUCCGGCUCUCACACACUACUGGCCUCUCAUCCGAUUCCUGGUACCACUGGCAAUCACAAACAUUGCCAUCGACUUCGGCGAACAGGCUCUAAACAGAGGCAUCGCAGCGGUCAAGAAAGAUGCCGUGGAGAUGUUGGCCAGCUAUGGCUUGGCCUACUCACUGAUGAAGUUCUUUACGGGGCCUAUGAGCGACUUCAAGAAUGUGGGGCUGGUGUUCGUCAACAGCAAACGCGACCGGACCAAGGCAGUCCUGUGCAUGGUCGCCGCCGGGACAAUAGCCAUUAUUUUCCACACCCUCAUAGCCUACACUGAUCUGGGGUAUUAUAUCAUCAACAAACUCCACCAUGUGGACGACUCUGUGGGCAAUAAGACCAGGAAGGCUUUCCUCUACCUGGCAGCGUUCCCACUACUGGAUGCAAUGGCCUGGACACAUGCAGGUAUACUCUUGAAGCACAAACACAGUCUCUUGGUGGGAUGUGCCUCUAUCUCUGAUGUCAUUGCUCAGAUUGUGUUUGUGGCCAUCUUGCUUCACAGUCAUCUGGAGUGCCUGGAGCCCAUGUUGAUCCCCAUCCUGUCCUUGUACAUGGGAGCGCUGGUGCGCUUCACCAUCGUGGGCCUGGGCUACUACAGAAACAUCCACGACACCAUCCCCGACUCCAGCGGACCAGAAGUGGGGGGAGAUGCCACUAUUAAAAAGAUGCUGAGUUUCUGGUGGCCCCUGGCCCUCAUCCUGGCCACGCAGCGCAUCAGCAGGCCCAUCGUCAAUCUGUUUGUGUCCCGCGACCUCAAAGGGAGCGCGGCCGCCACAGAGGCAGUGGCUGUUUUGACGGCGACAUAUCCGGUUGGUCACAUGCCGUACGGAUGGCUGACAGAACUGCGAGCAGUGUACCCGGCGUUCGACAAGAACAAUCCCAGCAACAAGCUCAUGAGCAGCGGCACCACAGUCACCAAGUCUCACAUCAAGAAAUUCACGUUUGUUUGCCUGGCGUUGUCAGUCACGCUUUGCUUCCUGGUGUUCUGGACCCCACAUUUUUCUGAAAAGAUUCUGGUGGACAUCAUUGGGGUGGACCAUGCCUUCGCUUCGCUUUGUGUGGCUCCGUUGCGGAUCUUCUCCUUCUUUCCAUUACCAGUGACCAUCCGUGCCCACUUGACUGGCUGGCUCAUGACCCUGAAGAAGACCUUCGUCCUUGCGCCCAGCUCCGUGCUGCGCAUCAUCGUCCUCAUCACCAGCCUCAUCGUGCUCCCUUACAUGGGGGUUCAUGGGGCAACUCUGGGUGUAGGUUCUCUCUUGGCUGGGUUCCUGGGUGAGUCUACUAUGGUGGCCAUUGCCGCCUGUUACGUCUAUCGAAAACAGAAGAAAAAGAAAGAUUCUGAGGGAGAGGUGGUCAUCGAAGGAGAAGACUCUGCCCCCAUGAACGAGGUGCGCCGCACUGGUCGAAUGGAUGACAUUGUGGAGUUGAGGGAGGAAGAGGAAGAUGAGGAAGAGGAGUGAGGCGCGGUCCUUCUGAGGACGCAUGCACAGGGGCUGCCAGGACUCUCCUUGUAACCCUGGCUGAGGCAGGUUUAUUCCACUGGCUGCAGCUUGGUUCCCCCUGCUGGGCAGAAUCAGUAUGGUCGCCCCCCCCUAUGUACAGUGCAACCUAGAGGAACCUUUGAGUAUCUGCAGCAAUCACGUGGAAGAAAAUUACUUUUCUGCCUGGACAUAUCCUCAUAAUAAUAUUAUUAAUCAAUCAAACACUCACACACAGACACACACAUACGCAAAAGUACAUAUUCACGUCUUCCAGCUGUUCCCCGGUAGCCACCAGGGCAGUGGAUACUAGUGAAGAUAUUAACUCGUACCAAAGCAAUGUUGUGUAUUAAUUAACUAGUUCCUUUUUGCUGACAUUUUAUGUGCUGCCGUCCUUAACAUUCACGAACCCCUGAAAGAGGAAGGAGAUGGUUAUAACUGACUAAAAUUUCGUCUGCUUGGGAUAUUUUUUUCUCUUUCUCUCUCUCUCUCUUUCUCUCUCUCUCGCUCUAUCACUCUUCAGACCACAUCUCUGAAUGUACCGUGGAAUUGAUCGACAAUGAGGUCCCAGUGCUGUAACCUCUGAAUUUUUACUUUGCUGUACAAAAAUGACAAGGUUUUUGGCUUUUAUUAUGAAAAGAAAUGUGUACAAAACAAGAAAAAUUACAAAGUAUUUAUCUGCAGAUUUCUACAGGAUUUAAAUAUAAGUUAGUGGGGAAAUCGGAUUGAUUCUAUUGUGAGUGAGGAGUUGGUGAGUUUGGGCCAUUUAGAUGACAUAUUUUUUUAUUAUACUACAAUGUACUAGAUGUAUACAAUGUUAUAUACAAUUUUGUAUGAGCGUGUCAAAAGCUAAACUGUGGGGUGAGAGGGUUAACUUAAACUGGACCACAAGUAUUUUAUUUAUCUUCUUUUUUAUUGAAUUUGGGCACUUUUGUUUGUUUGUUUGUUUGUUUGUUUGUUUUAUCUCAGGAUGUACAGUGCAGUAAACCAGUGAUGCAGAAAGUACAGUGAAGUCCACUUUCAGACCUACCUUUCUGUUCCAAACCUGUAUUACAAGUUCUCUCCAUUGACAACAAUGCACAAAAUAUUUAAGGUGUCUUAUGCCUCUGUAUGUUUUCUAUAGACUGUAAUGAGUAGUGAGGUCUGGCCAAGUUUGUGGGGAGGUAUGGCUUUGUAUUUUAAAACCCCUGCUGAAGACAAAGCAGGUAUCGUACAUAGAAAAAAAACAGAUUCUUGUCAUCAUUGUCUUCGGUAUGAUGAAGAAAGGGACAGCUUUAUUCUUCAGUGAUUAAAGAGUGGUUAUGUGAUUUGAAACCCUACUGUUAUCGUACUUUUAUUCCCGCCAACGGCCUGGAAAAUAUUUCCAAAUGCACAUCGAUUUGAGACUUUGGUGCCAGGUCCUCAUAACUUUCUGAAAUGAUCGCUGACUGAUGGGGUUUAAAAGAAAAUUAAUAAUCCUUUGUUCCCAAAGGAUCACUGAUCCUCUAGAUAUAACUGAUGAUGUUCAGCCAUCAUCUAGCUGAUUACUGUAUUUCCAAUUAAAAGUAGUUGUGUUAAUGGCAUUCCUUUGUCUAUUACUGACAAAACAUAUUCUUUAUACUUGAUCAUUGUUUUUCUCUUUAUGGUUAAAUUAUUCCAUUUACCAUGACUGUUUGCCAGAUUCCAUAGGUUUAGGUGUUGUGGCCAGUCGAUGACAGUAGCUACACAUUUUGUGGUCGAUAGCAGUAGCUACAUUUUGACACUGGUUAUUUAGUAUUUUAUCAAGCCUAUAUUUACUUGAUGCAUUCUUUACACCUGUUUUUAUUUCAAUUACAAUAAAUUGGCAACAUAUCAACCAGA